AUGAAGGGCGUACACAUCUCAAACUAUGACAUCGUUCGUGUUCUUGGAAAGGGCAGCUUUGGCGUUGUUCGCCUUGUCCGCGAAAAGAGCGACAACUGUGGCAAUCUGCGAGGAAGCAUCUGUAGCAUGGGAUAUCCCGACGGAUCCUUGACACCAAAGGAUGAAAAGUCCUCGCAAGCCAUCCGCAAAAACAAGCAGGUCUUUGCUAUGAAGGUCAUCAGAAAGUCUGACAUGCUUCGCAACAGCCAAGAGGGGCAUUUGCGCGCAGAGCGAGAUUUCCUUGUCGCUUCCGAGAAUUCUCGAUGGGUAGUACCUCUUGUUACUGCCUUCCAAGACAACAACAACCUAUAUCUUGUCAUGGAAUACAUGAUGGGAGGCGAUUUCCUGGGUCUGCUUCUUCGAGAAGAUGUCCUAGAUGAGAGCGUCGCCAAGUGGUAUCUUGCAGAGAUGAUACUCUGCGUCGAAGAGGCUCACAAGAUGAAUUGGAUUCAUCGUGAUGUCAAACCUAACAACUUUCUCAUCACCUCGUCUGGUCAUCUCAAGAUCUCCGACUUUGGCCUCGCCUUUGACGGUCACUGGGCUCACAAUCAAACAUACUACAACGAACAACGCUACGGCCUACUCCGUGACCUGGACCUGCAUGUCGAAGGCGAUGCAAUUGAUGUUGAGGAAGAGAGGAAUCGCAGAAACGCUCGCGAUGCCAUGGAAAUCAUUAAUGGCGCUGCAACACCGCGCGGGCGUCAUCAGCCCAAAGAGGAGUCUCCGAACGGGCCCAUCAUCGACUGGCUGAAUCGUGAACAGCGACGCCAAUUCGCAAGGAGCGUUGUAGGUACAAGUCAAUACAUGGCACCAGAAGUCAUCCGAGGCGAGCACUAUGACGGUCGCUGCGACUGGUGGAGCAUCGGUGUAAUUUUAUACGAGUGUCUCUACGGUUGCACACCCUUCUUCUGCGACAAUCGCCAAGCCACCAAAGCCCGCAUACUCGAUCACAGACGCUGGCUACGCUUCCCAUCUGACCAGCGGUAUGCCCGCCCAAACAUCGAUCGCGUGCCUCUCAUGUCGGUGUCCCACAACGCCAUCGACCUCAUGAUGAGACUGCUCGAGGAGCGACAAGAUCGUCUCUCAGCUAAGCGAUACCGCGAGAACGACUGGGUCCUCCGUGAUAAAGCGGCUGGUACGCGACGGCACCGGAGUAGCAAUACUUGUGGGCAUAUCGUGUAUCCCAACGAUGCUGAUGAUAUCAAAUCCCAUCCCUUUUUUCGCAACAUCCACUGGUCCUCGCUCCAUAUAACUCGUCCGCCAUUCGUCCCUCGCGUACACAGCGGCCAGCCCAUUACCAAAUACUUCGACGACGAGGCCGAAAUCAUGAGCGCGUCCGAUCACCUCGACUCCUCCAGUUAUGAGAUCCGUGAGGGAUUGGUGGUCCCCGUUGCCGUUGGCGAGGACAAAACCACACCACCCCUUCAACCUGCCAGCAAACCCAACGAAAACGUAACGACACAUGGCGUAUUCCGCCAAUCGCUCGACAACAUAAAGAGGCGGAAGCGUGAGAAGAAGAGGCCACGAGACAAGCUCCUCCGCGAUCCGGUGGUUGGUCGCACUGUGUUGGAAAUACGGAAGAAAGGUGCUUUUGUAGGGUAUACGUAUCGCAGGCCGAGGUUUUCGCUGCCGGAGCUGGAGGAGAGAAUUGAUGUGGCGAGGGUGCAGGGUACAAGGGGUGGGAUCUUUGCUGCUAGUGCUUGA